GCACUUGCUGUUCAGUGACGUCACCCCGGCCCUGAUAUUUGCAGAGUGCAGAGGUGUAUCCGGAAAAGAGGGAUUCUACAACAACAGAACCGAUGAAUUACCCUGGUUUUUGUUCCCAUGACACAAGUUUGUGAGAUGGCUUCUGUAAGUCAAUGGAUGCCAAACACAGUAACUCGAAAUUUUUAUUUGGAUCCAGACGAUUUGAAUGAUUCAACUGACAGCCGACAACAGAUCAAUUCUGACAUUCCACCCACGAGGAGAAGGGACAUUCUUUCAUUCAAACGUUCUCUUUCGGACGACAAGGACGGCCUGUCUGGUAACGAAAAACUGGGCACCAGGAAGGAUCUCGCUAUAAGAAGCUCUACUGAUAAGUUGAACGGAAAUAAUUGUGACGAUAAUCAGGAUAUAAAUAAAAUGGGUAAAGAUACAUUACAAAACUCAUCUCCGGAUGAUGGUCCCUCAGGAAAUGUAAUCACAAGUCACUUACGGCAUGUGCAUAGUAAUCCCUUUUUUCUUCACUGUGGAUUGUCCCAUCCACACGGAAAAAUCUACGAUGAUCAACAGAAGCGAAAAAAUUCAUUACAAGAUGAAAGUGACUUAGAAAGUGGUGCUGAAUAUGGUGUUAAUUCAGGAUUUGUGAAUAAACUUCGACAGAAAUUCACAUCACUUAAUCAAAGGGAAGCUAGUGUCAAUCGAUUUCCAGCCAGAAAAUUUGCAAGUGUUGAAAAUUUGUUGGAAACUUCUGAAAAGAUUUCAUUUGAGGAAAGGACACGACCCUUUAGUUCCAACAAAUCCAGAACACUUAAACAAGAUUCUAACUAUGUCAGGAGAAAACCUGAUUUGCCAAAACCACCCAAACCUCCCAAAGGAAGGACUGAAAGGAAAGCGAGUGAUUCUGUGAUUGAACAAAAGCAACACAAACCUUUACAUUCAGAACAUGAGGCUCCAGACAUUAACAAAAUAGGACGGAAUGACAUCAUUAUAAUUGAACACCCCAAACCCUCACCAGUCCCAAAACCAGCAAAAAAAGAAGAAACACCAACAAAAAUGAAUGGUAAGACAGUCAAGGCUCUGAAAGACAAAAAAGUUCCUGAUGAGCUACCAAAGCCAAAUACAGUAUCAUCUUUUCGAUCCAUGUUUGAGAAGAACAAUACAUCAGUCUCAAGGAAGCUUCUUCCAGAUGCUCCAAAGGUAGUACCUCCGAAACCAAGUAAACCCAGUAAACUAAAAGUGAAUCACAAGGAAGCUGUAGAGGGUUCUCCUAUCUCUUCCCCCAUCAACAAGUCACCAGAGGUGAAGAAAGAAAAACCAAAGGAUAUAGAAGCAGAAAAGACUGAAAUGCUAGUAAAACCCAGUACAAUAAAAGAGCGAGCCCAAGAAACACCAAGAAUUUUGGAUUCACCAGUUACCAGAAAAAAAACCUAUCCUGAAAAGAAGUCAAUUUUUGAUUCGGACUUCAAUAUUAAAUCUGAAGUUGAACCCAUUGUAAGAAGUAACUUACAGAAGAGUAAGGUGGAAACAACAAAAGUAGAAGAGACCUCAUCUGAGCCUAGCUGUGAAAGAGAUGUAAAAACUGAAGAAAAAAUAUUUGUGAAAUUAAAACCUGUUAACAUGGUUAAUGAUAAAAAUUUUCAGAAUGAAAAAAGUAGAAGUCUAGCAAAUAAAGCUGCAAAGAAUAAUGAAUAUUUCCCAGGAAGAAAAGAAAUAUUUGAUUCCUCCAUUAUUCCCAAAAGUCCAAGACAAGACUCAAAGGAGAAUUUGGUUAAUACAGUUAAUGAUAAAACUGGAUCACCUUCUCCAAAAUCAACUCUUUCUGAGGAAAUAUUUCCUGGAAGGAAGCAAAUAUUUGAGUCUUCCCAGAUUUCUCCAAGUCCCACAAUUUCCAACAUGUCUAAGAAAAAGCGAGCCCCCAAACCACCAGCAAGUUCUCCAUCUACAGUAACUGUGAAAAGUCCUGCUCCAUCAAUGCCUGUGGAAAAAAGUCUCGAUCCAGUGGUCAAUGAUGUAGUUAAAAUCUCUGUAAUUGAUCCUCCGUCUGUAAGCACUUCUAGUGUAGUACCUGAGAAGCAGGAGUCUACAAAUACUGUGUCCAGUCUCCAAACCUCAUCUCCCAUAACGCCGCGUACUCAACCAAAACAGAUUACAGAACUCUCAGAAUCCUCGCCUGCUCCCUGGCAGACUCAACAAAAAACCUCCACCAAAUCAAGUAAGGUGGAAAAAGAGGAGAUUAAAGAAGAAACAGAAAAAGUUAACAAUUUUACUCCCAUUGAAGUGUCCUCAAGUAAUGACAAUACCCCUACAAGGGGGUUACCAUCAGUGAUAGCAAAUAGACUGAAAAAGAAUUCGAAAAAUGCUUCCAGCAGUAUGGAGGAAAAUGAUAAAGCUGAGUCUAGUGAUGAUGAUGAUGGUCCACAAAAUUUGGUAAAACCAAGUCAAUUAAGAAAUAAAUCUUUUGUAAAAGUCUCAAAUAGCCCCUCUGUGCCAAAUACACCAAACUCAGUUAGUCCCAGUGAAUCCCAAAACUCAAACACUAAUGUGCCAGUCAGAAACAUUGAAGAUCUCAUUCGAAAGAAUCGAGACAAACCCGCUGCUCUUUUUGACUCCAGCAGCAUUGUGCCGAAAGUCCAACCCAAAGUGAAUGGUGUCCCACCCCUGGACCUCAGUGACCUCGUGACAGAAGAACAGAAUCAUCCAUACCAGGAAGGUUACAUCCCAACCAAGAUCAAGCCCUGUAACAUUGUGUUUGUAGGGGCAGGGGUCAGCCUUGAUACACAGCCACUAAAGAAAAGCAGGAGUGGGCAUUCGCUCCGUAUUCAGUUCGACGACAAGGCACUCUCCACCCAUGAGUAUCAGUCGGAGAACUCCGCUUUGGCACAGUAUUUGGAGGAAAAUCCACACGAAAAAGAAGAGGUAGUGAAGGAACAAGUGGAAAUUGAGCAGGCAACACUUAGUCUUGAUGUGGAUAACACAGAAUCCAGUGAUGAUGUGGAAUCACCACGAGAGUCAUCCGCCAUGAAAUCCAACACUGCCAUUGGGACGGGUUCAGGAGAGCUCAGUAAUUAUAAGUCAAAGAUCCAGUUGGAUGAAUUUCAGUUUGGAAUGUCCAUGGAGGAACCAGAACCUGUUCCCACACCAGCUCCGGAUCAAGAGGUUAAUGCGGAAGAAGGGGACCUAUGCCCUGCAGAGGAUGAGAGCUCCAUAAACUUUACUGCAACUGGAACUUCUGACAUAAUGUUCUAACUGGAACCUCCAACAUGAUGUUCUAACUGUUCAUUACUGGGGGCACUUAACCUCUACAGCUUUCUCAUGGCCUCUUGAUUUAUUUGAAAUCUGGUGGAGAUAAUUUUUUUCUCUAUUCAGCCUCUGCUCUUCAAGAGGGAAACUGGAUCAGUAGAAAAUCUUUGCUAGUGUUCAGGGGAGAGUUGGACCAGAACUUGUGGAUGUGUGCAUGUGCACAUAAUGUGCUAGUUUGCAAAUGCAUUAAUGUGCUUAUUUCAUAACAGUUCAUACACUGUACAUCGGUCUGAAAUGUAGUAUUUAUUGACAAUAUUUACAUCAUUUAGUGCUUUUUGUCAGACUUUUUAAUUUGAUGUGUGUGUGACUCUUUGUCAGUUUAGUUGGUACAUGUAGCCAUAUUGAUUACAGGACAGUCUGUAAAUUAGGGAUUGAUAAAUACCCAGAAAAUUGGAGACUUUUAACAAAAAAAAAUCUUUAGGAAGCCUUGUAACAGAUGGUGAUAAUUAGGUGUUUGUUGGGUUGCAUUUGUUAGAAACAUGUAUCCGGGGAUGCCAUUCAGAGCCAAAGAAAAGAAAAAUCAUUGUAAUCUCAUUAGAAGGUUACCCCUUUUUCCUGUUGGGUUAACACAAACUGUGUACUUCAAACGAGAGUUUCCAUGUUAAUUUGGAAAUACAGAGCAGGUCUCUACCGACGUAAAUGCUAGUUUGCUUUUGCUCAAAUUAGCUAAGCAUGUAAACCAAAAAAAUGUGUAUAUGAGAGCUGCUUUUUAUAAUCACAUUCCAAAGCUUCUGUCCUUAGAAUGUUUGGUGAAAAAAUAAUUUUGUACUUUCUUAACUUUCAUCAGCUUUGCAUUCCAAUUUUUUUUUUUGUUUGUUUGAAUUGUUAUAUGUGUAAUAUAUCUUAUUCUAUAAAUCUUUGUUGUUCAUGCUCAAUAUAUAUGUUAUCAUUUUGAUUAAUUUGUUGAUUUUUACUAAAAAGAAAAAUUUCAGAGAAGAAUUUUUACAUCUAGAGCUUUUAAAUAAAAUAAUGCAAUAUAUCAAUGCGUUUGUAAUAUUCAUGAUCAAGAUAUGUGUGAUUAAUGUUUAUCGAGGGUUUCCUUAUAUGUACAUUGUAUUAAUUGUCUUUUUUUAUAGUUUGACAAAUUGCAUUCAUGUAGUGUUUUGUGAUAUUUCAAUAUUGAUCUGGUGUAAUAAUUGUUUGCGUCACAUUGAUCAGAGAUUUAUAUAAGUUUGAUCGAAUGUUUUGUUGAAAUGAAAGAGGAAGAAAACAAUGUGCAUGAAAUUUAUUUCUGAACACGAUUUAUUUACUUUAUUGUCAGAUAUGCAGGAUACUUUAUACAGAUUUGAAAUGGGCAAAUAGUAAAUAUUUGAUAAACAGUUGAAAUUCUCUUAGUAAAGACCAAGUCACUUAGGAUUUAAAAAAUCGAUUUUUUAAUAACUGUUUGCUGUACAGGUAACAUUAAAAAAAUUUUGCAUGUCUAGAGAUGAUCUUUGUCUUAGGUCUCAAACUGUGUGCUUUAUUGGAUCAACAAAGGUUUUUUUUUUUUUUAAUAACAAAUGCAUUUUUUUAUCUUUAUAGACUAACAUGAAUUUCUAAGCCAAGCUUUCAUUAUUAUGUAUUAGUAAAUACACGAUUCAACUGCAUUCCAUUUAUUGACAUACAAGAAGUAAUACUGUUUAUUUUGCAUUGCCAUGACUUAAUAGUGCAUUCCUAACAACAAAAAUUGCUUAUUUAUUGUACACUGUAGAUUAGCAUUUACAUUAUUUUGUUUCAAUGUUGAUUGACAUGUAGUGCAUUUAUAAAACAUGCAUGAGGAAACAGUUUAUUUAGUUGACAUUUUAUGCAGGUAUAGUUUGAUUAUGUCUGGUUUGCAUAUUCAUCAAAUUGGAUUGCAUACUUAAAACAUAUUUAUUAAUAAUUAAGCAUUGUAUAAACAUAAAUUUUAUAUUAGUACCCAUAUAAAUUGAUAUAAAAGAUAUUCAGACUCCAGAUAUCUAUUUCAAUCUCCGUAAACUGUAAACUAUAAUCAUGAUGACAGAUUUAUGUGUAUCAUCAGAAAAAAAAUUGUGCUCUGAUUAAAUCGGCAAUGUUGCAACAUGUACGAACAAAUGUACUACCUAUAUGUUCAGAUGGGCAUGUUAUGUCAUGCAUUCAGAAGUGUUGAUGAAUUGUUCUUUUUUUCCGUGAGUAGGAAGAAAUCCAUUGUCUUACUAUCCAUUUUCCUGUCUCUUUUGUUAAAUGAAUUCUCUCAUACAAGGUCAUGUGCCUUGUGUCGUCUCUUAAGAAUUGGAGUUAGGUCCCUUGGUAGUAAACCACUGCUUUGUUGUGAUUGUCUCUCUAAACUUCAUUUUGUUUUUACUCAUGCGAGCUUCAGAUACUCGAGAAUAUAUUGUCUCAUUUGUUUGCUAUUUGUAGUGAGCUCUUACUUCUAACAGAAAUACAUUCUAUGCAAAAUUUUAGAAGGUAGGAAGUACUUAAUGUAGUUAGAGUAUGACAGGAAAUUUUGUCUUGUUCAGUAUGUGGAGCACAUACAAUGUGGAAGUGUGACUCACUUAACUGGAUUUCAUGUUGUCUCUUAUUGGGAUUGUAGCAGGGAUGUAGCAAAACACAUGUCAUGUAGAUUUCACCGAAAUCUUUUGGGAUUUUUUUCUCUUUCAUUUUUUUCCUCUGUGAUUUUACCAAAUUUUUGUUAUUUCACAUUAAAGCUUGCAUAUGUUUUAUCAUUUUGUGUAUCAUAUAUUUUUUCAAUAAAGUCAUAUAUAUGCACA